AUGGUGGGGGGGGGGGAUAGGGGUGGUAUGGGUGUUGGGGUUUGGUGGUUUGUUUGGUGGAUUUUUUGGGUGGAGGGGGGUUGGAUAGGUGUUGGUUAUGAGGUUUUGGGGUGGAUAGUAGGGGGUGGUUUGUAUGGUGUUGGUGGUGUUAGGGGGGGGUUGGGAUUGGAGUUUGUGAUUGUAGUUUGGGUAUGUUGUGGUUGUGGGGGGUAUGGUUGUUGGAGGGGUGUGGUUGGGUUGGGUGUUGGUUGGUGGUGGGUGGUUUGGGGGGGGGGUGAGUGUGUUGUGUGGUGGUUGGUGGGGGUAGUUAUUUUGUUGUUGUGGUGGUUGGGGUAG